UGGCUAAACCACCAGUGGACGAUCAUGUCAAGCUAACAUCCUGAUAUUGUGCCGUUUGUGUAGUAGUUCGGUCACCUCUGCAGCCAACGGAUGUUGUGUGUUGCCGUGUGUUUGUGUGGGUGUCCUGUUUCCUUUUGCACAACAAGCCAGUGUGACAACAAUUAAUUAUUCAAGGAUCGCCGGCCUCAAGGGAGUCAUCUGAUACACUAGAACCCAGCAGAGAGCAGAAAUUAUUACAACCUGAUAUCAGGUGAAACUAAAUACCUGGCUUUGUUUUUUUUGCCUCAUCUUCCACUCGGCCUAGUACUUUUAUUUUGAUGCUACUGUAACAGAAGACGUGAAAGGGAACACCUGUGCAACAAGCUACGUUUCUUCUUCUGCGUCUUCUUCUUCUUCUUCUUCGGUCCGCGUAAACAGCGUCUACUUCCUGCCUCCUUCACUCCAAUGCUGGUCCCCAACAAGCAGACGAGCCUCGGUCGCUCCCACAGCUGGGAACCUUUGGGUGGCAACGAGGGUCAGUGGGACAGGUCCGCAGACGGUGUUUACGAGCAACAAGCGAGGGUCGCUGCCAGGAGGAACUCCCUGUCCUACGGCGAGGGAGGAGGCUGGUACGAGCCGCAGCCAGGGGUUCGCCCCCCUGACCUGGAUUUAAAACGCGACCCAUAUUCCCACCAGGACGCACUGUACGGAGCAGGCUACCCGGAGCGACUCGAUCCCCGGGCGCAGAGAAAGGGCUCUGUGCCGGAGCUCACCCAGUACGAACGUCCGACCAUGGCUCACCGCGGCUCAGUCGGACAUCAGGAGUACUAUCCCCAUGACCCGGCGAUGACUCCUCGCCAAGCAGAUGGAUUUUUCCGGGGAGAACAUCAGCCUGUCCCGCCUCCCCCGCAUCCGCUCAGCAGGUCCGCCUCCCACUUUGGUAUGAGUCCGGGGGCUCGCGCCCCUCCCUCUCCUCUCCCGCCGCCGCCUCCACCUCCUACCGCUCACGAGAUCAACCGGCUUUAUAGGGACCCCGGAGCUGUAGCUAACGCGGCUGCCAAGAUGAUGCCAGAUGGCCAACGCAUUACCAGCAGAGCGCCGUCUCCAGCUCACUACGGCACAGAGCAUGGCUCCCCACGCUACGCCAGUGAACCUCCCGCCAUGAAUCAACCGGGAUAUACUGAUAUCAACGGGCAUCCGGUGGAUCCACAGCAGCCGGGGGCCGCUACCUGUCUGGUGGUGGACCCUGCCUGUCAGGGCAUCGUCAUGAGGCAGGAUGCAGGUUCACCCUUCACCAUCCAACAGCAGCAUCAGCUCCAGCAGCAGCAGCUGCAGCAGCAACAGCAGCAGCAGUUACAACAGCAGCAACACUUGCAGCAGCAGCAGAUACAGCAGCAGCAAUUGCAGCAACAGCAAUUGCAGCAGCAACAAUUACAGCAGCAGCAAUUGCAGCAGCAGCAAAUCCAGCAGCAACAAUUGCAGCAGCAACAAUUGCAGCAGCAGCAGCCCCUGCCCCCUCCACCAAUGUCUGUUUAUGACCCAAACCUGCAAAUGGCUGUUCCCCUUGGACCACCGCCUGCUCUAGCUCAAGUAGUCGCCCCGGUCCCAGUCAACAUCCCUGCUCCGCCUCCUCCAGCCACUCAGAUCCAUUCUCCUCUUCCACCUGUUCCUCAAACCCCUGGACCUGUGGACCCCAAGAAGACCGACCCAGAGUUUGUGGCUCUGCUGCGAAAUGAGGGCCUCUCGGAGCGCACCAUCUCGACACUCAUCCAGCAGGGCUUUGACUCUACGGGCAUGCUGGCUGUCAUGGAGGAGAACGACGUCCGCACCGUAGCCUCGAACCUGGGCCAGGCUCGCGUCCUUGCUCGUUUGGCCCUCAACUGCAAGCGGCCCACUGAUUCUCUACCGGCCCCAAACCAGCAGCAGCCAGCCAUGAGGGGCCGCUCCAAUAGCUUCAGCCACCGUUCGGACAUCUACCAACACCAACAUUACCAAAAUCAACCACACCUUUCCCAGGCUUUGGCAAUCGACCCGCAUCUAAUGCCUCCACAGACCCCAGGAGGAAUGCAGACCAUCUCCCCAAGAAUGGGGGAGAUGAUGGGACGGAGGCCAAGCAGCGCCCCGUCCCAACAGCUGAUGGAAGCCAAUGGAGGAUACCACGGCCAGGCACCACGCACCCCGGGGCCAUACACAGGAGCCAUGGUACCUGUGCAGCCACGGCCCAUGUCGGCCUACUCCCAGCACUCCGGUAUGGGCAUGCCCAUGCAGAUGAUGCCUCAGCAGAUGACGGGGUCAAUGUCCGCCAUGUCUUUCCAACAACUGCCGCAGCAAAUGCCCUUGUCGAUGCCGGCUUUACAACAACCACAGCAGGUACCGAAGGCGUACUCCACUAACUAUACCGUGCCCAUGGAGCUUAUGAAGAGAGACCGGAACCUACCUCCGUCACCCAUGCACAGCCCACACCCUAGUCCACAGAUGAUGCGUAAGACCGGGGGACCCAACUCUGAUUGCUCAAUGGUGGCUGUGUCGGGGCCCAUACAGGGCCAGGGAGGCUCCCAGGCACCCAUGCAGAAGACGAGUCGUCGCACUGGACCGCCAGUCAUCAUGUCCAGCAUGGCUUCUCCUGAUCUAAGUAUCCGGCCCCAGAUCAUGAACGGGCCCAUGCACCCGCGCCCCCUGGUGGCGCUGCUGGACGGGCGGGACUGCACAGUGGAGAUGCCCAUCCUUAAAGACCUGGCCACCGUGGCCUUCUGCGACGCCCAGUCCACACAGGAGAUCCAUGAGAAGGUGCUGAACGAGGCGGUGGGCGCCAUGAUGUACCACACCAUCACGCUGACCCGCGAGGACCUGGAGAAGUUCAAGGCGCUGCGCAUCAUCAUCCGCAUCGGCAGCGGCUACGACAACAUCGACAUCAAGGCAGCCGGGGAGCUGGGCAUCGCCGUGUGCAACAUCCCGUCAGCGGCGGUGGAGGAAACGGCCGACUCGACGCUGUGCCACAUCCUCAACCUGUAUCGGCGCAACACCUGGCUUUACCAGGCGCUGCGCGAGGGCACGCGGGUGCAGAGCGUGGAGCAGAUCCGCGAGGUGGCGUCGGGGGCCGCCCGCAUCCGGGGGGAGACCCUCGGCCUUAUCGGCUUCGGACGCUCGGGCCAGGCGGUGGCGGUGCGCGCCAAGGUGUUCGGCUUCAACGUCAUCUUCUACGACCCCUACCUGCAGGACGGCCUGGAGCGCUCGCUGGGCGUGCAGCGGGUCUACACGCUGCAGGACCUGCUCUACCAGAGCGACUGCGUGUCCUUGCACUGCAACCUCAACGAGCACAACCACCACCUCAUCAACGACUUCACCAUCAAACAGAUGCGUCAAGGCGCUUUCCUGGUGAACUCUGCGCGGGGGGGUCUGGUGGAUGAGAAGGCCCUGGCCCAGGCCCUGAAGGAGGGCCGGAUACGAGGGGCAGCCCUGGACGUCCAUGAAUCCGAACCAUUCAGUUUCAGCCAGGGCCCGCUGAAGGACGCCCCCAACCUGAUCUGCACGCCGCACACGGCCUGGUACAGCGAACAGGCCUCGCUGGAGAUGAGGGAGGCCGCCGCCACCGAGAUACGGCGAGCCAUCACCGGCCGCAUCCCUGACAGCCUACGGAACUGUGUCAACAAAGAGUUCUUUGUUACCACGGCGCCCUGGGGGAUGACGGAGCAGCAGCAGCAGCAGCAGCAGCAGCAGCAGCAGCAGCAGCAGCAGCAGCAGCAGGUUCACGCUGAGCUCAACGGUGCCGCCUACAGGUACCCCCCAGGGGUGGUGGGACUGGCCCCCGGCGGGAUCCCCGGUCCACUGGAAGGGCUGGUGCCCGGAGGGUUGCCUGGCAACCACACUCUGCCCUCUGGUACCCACCCCUCGCAGGCCCCCUCCCCCAUCCGACCCUCCAAACACGGCGACCCCAGCCGAGAGCACAUGACCGAGCCAUAGGACUGCUAAAGCCAGGCAUGGGGGGUGAGGGGGGGGCUGGGGAGGGGCAACGGGAGCGUCAUACCCACGUAUACUUUACCCAGCGACCUCCCAAACAAUCCCCCUCCGUCCAACCCUCCUAGCAUCGCCCCGAGCCUCCCCCUCCUCCAGCCCCGCCCAGCCAACGCGAACUUACCAGCAAGACGUCCCCCCCACCCCCGCCAACGUGUCCCCCCCCCCCCCCCCCCACGUGUUCAGAGGAGCCCCUAAAGACGGUGGAUGUGACUUACACACGGGCCACUGCCGCUCUACUGCAGUGUUCCCCUACUCUUCCUGUUGGUUGUUGUUUUUGUUUGGUUUUCUUGGUCUGAUUGUUACUUUUUUUGUUUUUUUUGCGGGGGGGGGCAGGGGUUUCCUGAGUUCAGGACAUAUUGACUAUACCCCCCCCCCCCCCAUCCCCCUCAGUAACCUCCUUUACUUCCCUCACAACCUCCUCAACUUCUGCUCUGAUGCGUUGGGAUUCUCCUUUUGUUUUUUUGACCUUCCUUUGUUAUUCUGUGUCCGGAAGAAUAUUACUUAGGUUUUUGUUUUGUUUGAUUUGAGAAAAACAAUGUUUUUUUUUUUGUUUUUUUUAGGUUUCCCAUGUAUUUAUCAGCCAGGAAACUUAAUCAGCCACUAAGGGAAUGAGCUGUUAGCUGAGCGAUGAGCAGCCUGUAGUUUGGCCCACUUGUCACCUUCUGGCCUAGGGGUCCCUGAAUGUAACAUAAAGACGUUGGCCGUAGUUUGUGACUUCCAGUGAUGGGGGAACGUGAUCUGGUCUAUGGAAUGAGUUGCCCUUUCCAACCAAAAAAUAAUAAUAGAAAAAACUGCUCAAAUAAAUGCCAACUGCUGUCAGUAGUUAGUUUGAUAUUGUAUGUUGAUCGAUAGUCAACUCAAGUAACAAUUGCUGUUGUGAUUUAUCGGGCUCGUUUGAAUUGAACUUCAGUACAUUGAGCGUUUAGUUAGCAUCUCCUACCUAAAGGUUUGUAAAUUCCCAAUUCUUUGCAGCGUCAGCUAGCCAGGCAAUCAGGCUCGAAAGGUUUCGGAGACGAAAAAAAACAAAAAACAUGAGAACAUGAUCUCUUACUGACUCAGGAAAAGGACAAAUCGGUCUUAAUCAGAAAGAUUGAAAAGUAGAAGAAAAAAAUAAUCAAUUUUAAAUCAAGACAAUUGCUUUUGCAUCCCUCCAUGUUCUUGUUUUUCUUUCAUCGUGGUAUUUUUUUAUAUAUCAAACGUAUGUUUUUGGUGUUGAAGGUUUUUUGCGGUCCUGUUUAGAUUUGUAUUGCCUUGUUGAAUGUUAUUGUAACCAUUGUCUUACGUGUACCUCUCUCCCUUAUAGUUUCUGUUAUACUUUCUGGGCUAAAUCAAUCCAACAGGCCGCAUGGGCCCACGGCGAGGCGCUCAACCUUUCAUCCCUUUACACCCGUUGAUGUUAGCAAGACAAAGACUGCUAGCAGAGUGUUUGGUUCUUAGUGUGAGUAUUUGUAUUUGUUUCUUGUUAAAAACGUGAACAUAUGGCAUACUGUGCAGUUCAAACAAUAAAUAAUAAUUCAAAAAAAUACACACCGCACCCAACAGGGGCUCUGUGCGAAAAAAAGUGCGUCCCGUUAUAUUUUGUGUGACCAAUAAAGCAUAUAUUAUUUGGAUCCUAUUGAAAACAUGCAUUAAUAAAAUGGUGUUGUGCCGUCAUCUGUA